UCCAACGGCCGAGAUCGCCCCGAAUCUUCACGAACGAAGCGGAUCGGAAACCUCGUUCUCCUCCCAUAAAAUCUCAUCCGCCUCGACUUUGGUACCCUCGCCGGCAGCCAAACUCUCCGCAUCGCAAGCAAUCUGCAGCCCUUCGAUCGCUUUUAACGGCAAUGGCCUCAGCUUCCUACACGUUGUCUACUCUUGGUGCUAUUGCUUCUCCUAGCAACUUCAGAACAGAUAAGAAGCUCUUAGCUUCCAAACAAAAGUUAUCCCAGUUUUCUUCGUUUGCAUCUAUAUCAUCCAGUUCGAUCAGCAGCAGGAGACAGAGCUUGGGUUCACUGAGAAGAGGCAACUGCAAGAUUAAUGCAAUGGCUAAGGAAUUAUACUUCAACAAAGAUGGAUCAGCUAUCAAAAAGCUACAAACUGGUGUCAACAAGCUUGCUGAUCUUGUUGGGGUUACACUUGGUCCUAAGGGCAGGAAUGUUGUCUUGGAAAGCAAGUAUGGAUCACCUAAGAUCGUAAAUGAUGGGGUUACAGUAGCAAAAGAGGUUGAGCUAGAGGAUCCUGUUGAGAACAUUGGUGCCAAGCUAGUAAGACAAGCGGCUGCCAAGACCAAUGACUUGGCUGGGGAUGGGACAACUACUUCUGUUGUUCUUGCUCAAGGGAUGAUUGCAGAAGGUGUUAAGGUGGUUGCAGCCGGUGCCAACCCAGUUCAGAUUACCCGUGGCAUCGAGAAAACAGCCAAAGCACUAGUUUCUGAACUUAAGAAGAUGUCUAAAGAGGUUGAGGACAGUGAACUUGCAGAUGUUGCAGCUGUUAGUGCUGGUAACAACUAUGAAAUAGGGAACAUGAUAGCUGAGGCAAUGAGCAAGGUUGGGAGGAAGGGUGUGGUUACCCUUGAAGAAGGGAAAAGUGCUGAAAACAACCUCUAUGUUGUUGAGGGGAUGCAGUUUGACCGGGGUUAUAUUUCCCCUUACUUUGUGACAGACAGUGAAAAGAUGACCGCUGAAUAUGAGAAUUGCAAGUUGCUUCUUGUUGACAAGAAAAUUACAAAUGCAAGAGAUCUUAUCAAUGUGUUGGAAGAUGCCAUAAGAGGGGGAUACCCAGUCGUGAUAAUUUCAGAAGAUAUUGAACAGGAAGCCCUUGCAACCCUUGUUGUGAACAAACUAAGAGGGUCAUUGAAGAUUGCUGCACUUAAAGCUCCUGGAUUUGGGGAACGCAAAAGUCAGUACCUUGACGACAUUGCGAUAUUGACAGGAGCCACUGUAAUCAGAGAUGAAGUUGGGCUUUCCUUGGAUAAAGCGGGAAAAGAGGUCUUGGGUACUGCUGCAAAGGUUGUACUCACGAAAGAUUCGAGUACCAUAGUUGGUGACGGGACUACACAGGAGGAAGUAAACAAAAGAGUUGCACAGAUCAAGAAUCUAAUUGAGGCUGCAGAGCAAGAAUAUGAGAAGGAAAAGCUAAACGAGAGAGUAGCAAAGCUCUCUGGUGGUGUUGCAGUCAUUCAGGUUGGAGCACAAACAGAAACAGAGCUAAAAGAGAAGAAAUUGAGAGUUGAAGAUGCCCUGAAUGCUACCAAGGCUGCUGUUGAGGAAGGUAUUGUUGUUGGUGGUGGUUGUACCCUUCUGAGGCUUGCUUCGAAAGUCGAUGCCAUCAAGGAGACUCUUGAUAAUGAUGAGCAAAAGGUUGGAGCAGACAUAGUAAAGAGGGCCUUGAGCUACCCACUUAAGUUGAUUGCUAAAAAUGCCGGUGUAAAUGGAAGUGUGGUAACAGAGAAGGUGCUGAGCAAUGAAAACUUCAAGUUUGGUUACAAUGCUGCUACGGGAAUAUAUGAGGAUUUGAUGGCUGCGGGUAUAAUUGAUCCUACCAAGGUGGUGAGAUGUUGCUUGGAACAUGCUGCUUCAGUAGCCAAGACUUUCCUCACAUCAGACGUUGUGGUUGUUGACAUCAAAGAGCCCGAAACUCUUCCUGCAGGAAAUCCAAUGGACAACUCAGGUUAUGGCUACUAAUUACACGAUGGUAUUAUCCUUUUCUGCCGCAAAUUUUUCUUGAAUUACUUCGACUGGAGAGGAUGGAUCAUUAGAUGAGGCUGAUCUAAGUUAGGUUUCCAAGUUGGUAGCGGAGAUUCAAACAGGCAUAGCACGAGAGCCUCAGUUCAAUGGAUCAGUAUUUUACAUGAUAGUAGUGUUAUGAAUGCGAAAUUUUGCAGUGAAACAACUUUGCUUUUUA